ACCACGGCCACUCUUCAUCAUGGCCGAACAGGACGCGAAGGCGUCACCGACCGGUGGGCCAUCAAGUGGUCCUGCAAAGCCCCCUAAACCUCCGAAUCCAAUAUGGAGGAUGAUGGGCCUGCCCAACUUCCGCUGGAAGCUUCCGUCGCGCAAUUGGAUGAUAUUCCUCACGAUCACCGGCUCAUGGACUGCCGCCGUCAUGUACGACCGCCGCGAGAAGAAACGCAUACAAAGGAAAUGGGCCAAGCUGGUGGAGCACAUUGCGCAGGAAUCUAUGGACGAACGACAGCUGCCCCGGAAGCUCACCGUAUACGUGUCUGCACCGCCGGCAGACGGAUUGGUACCUGCGCGCGACCACUUCCACGAGUACGUAAAGCCAAUACUGGUUGCGGCAGCGCUGGACUGGGAUGCGGUCGAGGGGAGGAGAGAGGGUGAUGUGAGGGCUGGAUUGGCUGAGAGGAUACGCAAGCUGAGGAAGAAGAAAGGGGAGCCGGCCAACGAACCCUUGGAAGUAGAAUUGGAGGAAAUUCUAGAAGAGACUAGGAACCGGGCAGGAGUUAGAGAGUGGGACGGACCCGGCGGGGAUAUUGUCAUUGGAAGGCAUGCAUGGAAAGAGUAUGUGAGAGGCUUGCACGAAGGGUGGCUAGGGCCAUUGGAUCCUCCCGCAUCGGCAGUGGAGGAGUCCAUUGCACCCACAUCAACUCCAACCGAAGCUCCGGUUGAGACCUCAACACUCUCACAACUAUCCGCAACCGACAAUGCGUCUCCGACCGCGGCCACUGAAGUUCCCAAACCAGAAGAAGUCGAGAAGCCCAAAGAGGAGGAGAACAAGCCGAAGAAGAAGAAACAACCGCCGCCAUUCAAUACCCCGGCCGACUACCGAGAUUCUGCCCUUUCCCCGAGCUGCCCUCGCGCUCUCGGCCCUUCGGCCGCAAUACCCUUCCCACACCUUCUUGGCUUCCUCAACUUCCCAAUUCGCAUGUACCGCUUCCUCAACAGGAGGAAGGUGGCAGAUGACAUCGGGCGACAGACAGCAGCUGCUGUGCUCGGCGCAUACAGACCCUAUCAUGCGCCGGCCGAGUCGGGGCCUAGCUUCAGCGAUGAGGACGUUGACGAGAGCUCUAAGUGGGAGCAGCAGCGGCUGUUACAGCACGAGGAACCCGAUUGGCACAAGACAGUGCGAGAGCGCAAACACGACAGGAAGGAGAGGGUUUGGUUAGAUGAAAUGGUCAUCGAUCCCCGAAUUGGCGAGCGCAUGCGCAGGUUUGAGCUGGAUUCUGAAGCGGAGGAGAGAGCGAACCGAUGGGCAAGCGAGAAGGGAGAGUUGUGGUUCAAGUCACUGUGGCCGAAGAGGGAGGAAAGGAAGAAGCCGUGGGAGGGAUUGAAUGACGAUGUGGACUGAACUGGCGGUUAAGAUACCAAUCUCGGCUUCGAUCGUGUGUUAUAUAGUUUCGGAUCCUGUAAGAGUAUGUAGCAUAGAGCCAUUAGCAUAGUAG